AUGGAUCAAAAUAUUGAAGAAGAAGAAUAGGGAAGAAAUGCUUAAUAGAGGGUACAAAAUGAUUAAUAGUCGUAGUCUUAUUCAAGAGUGGAUGCAUCUUCUCCAAAUAAGAAAAAUAGUCAAGGUGAAUUAGAUAUGGGAACAAGAACAGUAACUCAUAGAAAAUCUGUUAUUAUGGGAGCCAAAAGCAGUAGAACAAGUUAAGAGAGCAAUCGUGGAUUUAGAGUAAUAAAGAAUAAUUUAUGUAGCAUAAAGUUGAGAUCUUUUUGGAGAGCUUUAAUUAUAUGAUCUUUAUGACAAUUGUAACAGUGUAUGCAUUAUUUGGAGAUGAUGUUCGAGUGUUGGCUACAGAUAAGGUAUUUUAAUCAAUAAUCAGGAUGGUGAUGAAGUAUUUUGGGUAAUUACCACAAUUUGUAUGAGUCUCUUUUUUAUUGAAAUUGUGCUUGCCUCUAGUUGUAAAGUAUAAAUAUUGGCAAUAAAAUAAGGAUGGAUAUUUUAUUGGUUUCUUCUUUUGGUUGGAUUUGUUGUCAACAGUUUCAAUGCUAUUAGACAUCGGAUGGGUUAGUAAUGCAAUAUUUGGGACAAGUGGAGGAGCAGCAUUGAGUGCAGUUUCAUUGGCGAGGUUCGAUAUAGUAAAAUAUUAUUGGUAGAGCUGGAAGAGCAUCUAGAGUAGGAACGCGAGCUGGAAGAAUAGUAAGAGUAGUAAGAUUGGUGAGACUGUCAAAAUUAUAUAAACAUGCAAAAUAGUCAUUGGAAAAGGAAGCAGAGAAGUUGUUGGCAGAAGAAAUGAAAGAAGAGAAUUUAAUGGAAAAUAACAAUUAAGAUUAAGAACCUUAAAGACAAGAAUAACCAAAUGAUGCAGCAUCCUCUUAAAGAUCAGUUGAAUCAUCUGAAAGAAAUGUUAAACAUUCUGGAAUGAGUGUUGUACAAUAGUAACCAGUUUAGUAGGUUCUUUAAUAAAGAACUUCUAUUGUAAUGUUUAAUGGGGCAUCUAAUAAUAAUUAAAUCAGCCAAGAAAAUGAACAAAGGUUUUAAAGAAGAUAAACCAGAAAAAUAGUUAUGUCUGGUCAAAUUCAAUCACUUACAACUAUUUAAAAAAGAAAAUCCGUUAUUAUGCAAUCUCCAAAUAAAUCAUCGCAUCCUCAUUAGUCAGAUGAAGGAGAAAUACGUGAAACCAAUAUAGGAAAAGAAUUGACUGAAUUAACUAACAAGAGAGUCAUUACUAUCGUCAUGCUCAUAUUGUUUAGUGUACCUAUAUUGAAUCUCAGCACUUACGUUGACUAAAAUGUAAGCUUCACCACUGGGUUAUAAGCAAUAUAGUUUUGGGCUAAAGACCCUGAAAUUUAUGAUUAUCUUAUUAAAGACUUUGUCACGUAUCAUGAACCUUUAAGAACUGGAUUAGUAUUUUUUCAAAUUAAUUCUACGAUAUUCUAUCCAAAUGAUGAUCCUUAUUAAUAUGAAGAUUACAGAACGAAUUCACUGUAAUAUUAUACAACAACAGAUUCUGAAGGCAAGGAUGCUGUAUCUAUAUGUUCUACAGUUACAGAUGAUGAAUUGAAUGCUAUUUUAUCAAUUAUCAGAACAAUCUUUGUUUCUAUAGUUCUUUCUGUAGCAGCAGUGUUGUUUAGCAGGGAUGUCUAAGAAUUGAUUUUAACACCUGUGGAGAAAAUGUUGGAAACAGUUAAGAAAAUAGCAGAAAAUCCUUUAGUCGCAGCAUAAGAAGAAGAAAAUAAGGCAUUUAUAUAAAUGAUUGAAAAUGGUGAAAUGAAAGCAUUAGAGGACUAGGAAGAUGAGAAAUUGGAAACAGUUAUCCUGUAGAAAUUAAUUGUUAAGAUUGGAACCUUAUUGGCAUUAGGAUUUGGAGAAGCUGGAUCUUAAAUUAUAGCUUAAAACAUGGGUGCUAAUGCGUCAAUUAAUCCUAUGUUGCCUGGCAAAAAGGUUAUGGCCAUUUUUGGAUUCUGCGAUAUUAGAAACUUUACAGAUGCCACAGAAGUUCUAUAAUAAGAUGUAAUGGUAUUCGUGAAUGAAAUAGCAGAGAUCGUCCAUGGAGUUGUAGAUUAAUUUUCAGGAAGUGCAAAUAAAAACAUAGGUGAUGCAUUUCUUUUAGUUUGGAAAUUUGCUGAAAAUGAUUAUUAUUAGGAUAAGGAUGGCAACUUGAGUUUAAAAUCAUAUGAACAUAUUGCUUAAAUAGCUGAUAUGUCCAUUUUAUCAUUUGUUACUAUUAUUACCAAUGUUACACUUUCGUAAAAGUUAUAAAAGUAUAAAUAACAUGAGGGACUGAAUAACAGAAUCCCUAAUUAUUCGGUUAAAAUGGGAUUUGGAUUACAUGUUGGAUGGGCUAUAGAAGGAGCAAUUGGAUCAGAAUAUAAAAUAGAUGCAUCUUAUUUGAGUCCAAAUGUUAAUAUGGCAUCAAGAUUAGAGGCAGCCACUAAACAAUUUGGAUCAAUGAUACUCAUUUCAGGACAAUUAAGAAAUGUAACUACUAAGGUGACCCAAAAGAAUCUAAGACAUAUUGAUAGGGUAACGGUCAAAGGUAGUAUUGAACCUAUGGAUAUAUAUACGGUGGAUUUAAACGUUGAGUCUUUAAUUAGAAAAGUCCAUAAAAAGAAAACUGUUGUGGAUUUCAAUAGGAAGGAAAAAUAGAAACAAGCUCAUCUGACGGAAUCAGAAAUAUCUAAAUAAAAAAAAAAGCAGAAGGUCUUGAGAAGAAUGAAAAGAGACAAGUUAAAGUAGGCUGUAUUAAAGAAUCAUGUGGCAAUAUCAGAAACUUGGAUUAAGGACAACAACAUUAAACAAUCUCGUGCUCUGUUUAAUAAAGUAAAUAUCCAAAUUUAAUCUAGGAAUUUUAUCAUAAAUGGGAUAAAGGGUUUUCAUGUUACCUAUCUGGAGAUUGGGAUUAGGCAAAAGCUAUUUUUGAAGAAACUUUAGUAUUUAGUUUAUAUUAAAAUCAUAGAAUUUUUUACCAAACUACAAAGACGGUCCAAGCAAUACUCUAUUAAGAGUCAUUAAAGAAGAGCCAUACUUAAGAAACAAUUGGAAAGGCUAUAGGGAGCUAACAGAAAAAUGA